CUACUGCCGCUAUCUUUACAGAGCACCUGCCAGCACCUCCAGCACCUACAGCACCUACAGCACCUACAGCACCUACAGCACCUACAGCCGAGCUUUUACAGGCCUGCCUUCCCCUUAUCAGAUAAACCCCGCCACCCGCUGUCCCAUCCCACCUGCCCAAACUGAUUCAUUCAACCUCCAACCACAAACUCCAACCUCAUCCGAGUUCCUCUCAUUCUUCACAUCACCGCCAACGCCCAUCGCAAGCCAAAUCAUGUCCGCGGCAGAAUCCCUCCAGGCCGAGGAUGUGUACUUCUCCACCAAUCCUCCCCCAAAGCAAUUGGCUGCUCACACGGCACUGGCCGAGGCCUUUAUAACGCAGCAUGUUGCGGCGAAUCGACGGGUUGUGCUCGUCACUUCGGGAGGAACGACGGUUCCGCUGGAGAAGAAUACUGUGAGGUUCAUUGACAACUUCUCUGCCGGAACUCGUGGUGCUACCAGUGCCGAGUAUUUCCUCUCUGCUGGAUACGCCGUCAUCUUCCUCCAUCGCCAGUUCAGUCUGCUCCCCUAUUCACGCCACUACUCUCAUUCAACCGACUGUCUCCUUGAUCUCCUCAGUGAGGAUGCCGAGGGUCGCGUUGCCGUCCGGCCCGAAGACUCUGAUAGGAUUCUUGACGUCCUACGCAAGUAUCAGAGUGCUCGCCGCGACAACACUCUUCUCCUGCUGCCCUUUGUCACCAUUGGCGAUUACCUGCAUGAACUCCGUGCUGUGGCCCGGCUUAUGGCGCCGCUCGGCUCAUCCGGACUGCUCUACCUCGCUGCAGCGGUAUCUGACUUCUUUGUUCCGCCAGAGCGUCUUUCCGAGCACAAGAUACAGUCUACCAACAUUGUUGAAAAGCUCUACCCCGGGGAAAAGGGUUCAAAAACACCUUCACCACCGAUAGAAGAUGAGGAAACUUUUGACAAUUUUGAUGCCUCCCCUCGUGUGCCGCGAUCCAAGCGUCUCAUUAUUGACUUGGAUCCCGUGCCCAAGUUCCUCAAAAGCCUUGUUGAAGGCUGGGCCCCCUUGGGCAUGAUUGUCAGCUUCAAGCUCGAGACGGAUCCCCGUAUUCUUGUUCACAAGGCGCGCUACAGCCUUGAGCGGUACCAGCAUCAUCUCGUUGUCGGAAAUCUCCUCUCAACGCGCAAAUGGGAAGUCGUCUUUGUUGCUCCAGGCCGACAAGAUCAAUGGCUUCGCGUACCUCGGCACGGCGGCUGGGGCGAUGCCGAGGGAAGGCCACUGCGGCCUGAUGAGGCGCCAGAAGGAGACCCGGAAGAAGAGAUUGAGGCUCUGAUUAUCCCGGCUGUGGCACAACUUCACGACGCGCAUAUUGUCAAGUCAAACAGCGAAAAGAAAUAGAACCGACAACAGCCAUCGUUUGAGAGGGAGAAGGAGAAGAAUCUACUCGGCAAUUAGAUAUAACAAGAGCCCAGAAAGGAGUCAUAGGCACCAUGAUACCACCGAAAAAUUGGAGAACAAUGCAACAGCAACAAUCAAAUCUUGAGUAUUUUAUUUUUUUAUUUUUUUUUUAUUUUUUUUAUUCUGUUCUGUUUCCAUUUCGUUUCGAAUUUCUUAUACUAUUUCUACAGAGAAGCUAUCCAGCACCCCAAUUAUGUUGCUCAGUACUCCAGCUGUAGCAUAGGCUGCCACUGCUACUGCUGCUACUGCUGCUAUUUUAAAAAGCAUUCGGCAGCUGUGUAUUCGACAUAUGGACUGGCUGCUUCUCCCUAUUUCUAUAUGCGACCUAGAUGACAUUGAUUACUUUUCUUUACAAAACCAAUACGCGAAGAACGUGAAGCGGUAGCUUAUUGUGUCAAAACGCUCCUUUUCUCUCCGUCAUUUCUCUCAUUAACAUGAAAACAAGCGCUGAACCAUUUGGAUAUCUAUCAGUAUACUGAGCCAUGACAACUGUUGCUGAAUAAAGCAGGUUUUGGAAAGGAGGGUGAUGGGAAACGAGAUUGUGCCUGAUAUAUGCGCUUGCAAUGAGAAUAUCAACCAUAUAACGGCACAGCAAAAGACGAUUUGCUUUCUUCUUCUUCUUCUUUUUUCACUUCUUUUUCUUCUUCUUGUUCAAUACGCAGCGAGCCAAUUCUUCCAGCCAAGCUUCCAUGUCUUGGCCAGUACGAGUAUGGCUGCUGCACCAAUGUAGAUGCAGCUGGUGAGGAUGAUGAGCCCUGUAUAAGAGCCGUCAUUCGCUUGCACAACGCUUCCAGCAAUAGGAAUGCCUAUCAAGCAUGCAAACGACACAACAGUGUAUGUUGUGGCAUAGUAACGACCGUAUUCUUGUGUCUUGCACAUCCGCCCAAUACAUACGGGUGCAAUGGCAAUGCUGUUACCACUUCCAAAGCCAAACAAGAAAGAAAAGAUGAUGAUGCCCGGCUUGGUGUGCCCCAGUGGCAGCCACACACACAGACAUGAUAUGAAGGAGAAGACCACGGAGAAGAUACACACGUUGAAAGCCCCAACGACGUCAGCAUAAUAUCCCGGGAGUGCUCGGCCUAUCACAGAGCCGGCAUUCAUGAUGGGCAAGAGGUGGUAGGCAAACGUGCUAUCAAAGCCCUUGUACUGUGCAUACGUUGUGAUGUAUGUCAGAGGGAUGAAGAGCGAGAACUCCACGAGGAAGACACCAAUCGUGGUUAGCAGGAACGGAAUCUGUCGGAAGAUGCGAAAGUCGGGAUGAGCCGUUGCGUUCUUGGCCGGUGGAAGACGAGAUCGGACAAGAGUUAUGCCCACAAGACCGCACACCAGGCAUAUCAGAGCAAGGACUCGUGUGGCCCACCCAAAGCUGAUGCGCUCGAACAAAGCAGUGAGCAUGAGGGGAAAGAUGAUGCCUCCGAUACCACCUGCCGUCGAUGCAAGCCCAGUGGCGAAGCCACGCCUCGCUUUGAACCAAUGGCCAACUGCUGCGAUGCACGGAGUGAAGGUGAGCGACGUGCCCAGGCCGCCGAGGACGCCAAACGACAGAAUAAACUGGUACAACUCGGUGCAAAAGCUCAUGCCAACCAGGGCGCCGACGGUACAGACGCAUCCAGCAACAAUCAGCCACUUUGGCCCGUAUUUGUCGAAGACGGGGCCGAUAUAAACGCCCCCAAAAAAGGCCAGCCAAGUGUAUAUGGAGAAAAUCCAACCGACGGUGCUCUCGCUCGUGCCCUUGAGUUGGUGGCUAAGUGUAUAGGCCUGGAAGACGGCAAUACUGUUCAUCAAUCCCAUGGAGGCAAUCAUGGCGAACCAGGAUCCUGCUACCACGAGCCAUGCUUGGAGUCCGCCCUCGGGAUAUGUUUCUUGAUUGGAUGCCGCGGAUCUUGCUGUUUGUUGCCGCUCCAAGUCAUUGUUGAUUUGCGGCUGAGGCUGGUGCUUUUCAUCCUGCAGUUCCGAGUUCCUCCUUUCUCCACCGUCUCUUGUGUCGUUUUCAUCGCUCGAAGUUUCAGAGUGAUCAGACUCGAGAUCGAUCUCGUCAUGGAUUGCUCUUGAGUUGACCUGCUGGACAUCCAUGUUUCCUGGUUUCGUCUGGCUCUUCAAAGCGUAAGUACCGGCCAAGAGGCGAAGCUACUGGCAAUUGCCAAUCAACGGCCAGAUUGGACUUGAACAAUGCACAA